GGAUAGGGGCCGCGAUGCUGGACUGUGUCAAGUAACCUUACCGUGUUGACUUUCGUUUAAGCGAAACUGCGAGAUGUUGGAUAAUGCCCGAGUUGCGUUGUUAUUACUUAAGAUAGGUAAUGAACGACUGCAUUAUUUUAGGCAAUGAAAAACGACAGCAAAUAAGACAACUGCUGUCUACCGGUAGAUAGCUAGCUAGGCGGCUCUCCUGGUCUACGUCGCCGUUGAUGGUCACGCUGCUAACGCUUAGCUGGAUAGAUGCGGCUCUGUUACCACCAGCUGAACGUUGACAGGGUCGAUGUAUCGCUUGCAUUCAAUAGUUGUACCCGCACAUGACUCUCUCAUUUAUUUCGACUAGUAUUUUGUAGUCACUUUAACGGUUACUAGCCGGAUAAGCUAGAUAGCCACCUAGCUAACCUAGCUAGUCAAGUCGAAACGAUGGAUACCUGUCGCGCAUCUCUGUUUUUACUGGCAGUGGCGUCUUCGCAGUUUGUAAAGAUUUCUGAAGGUGCACCUCUUACCCAUCAAGAACCAGGGGAAUCAGCGGAUGAGGUGGAGUUCUCUUUGAACCUAUUGUUGGUAGUUUCUCUGUCUAUGCUGGUUGCAACUGUUAUGCUGCUGCUCAACUGCGUGACGUGCUGCAAACAACGAGAGAUCAACUUUAAGGAGUUUGAAGACAACUUUGAGGAUGAGAUUGACUUCACCCCUCCAGCAGAAGACACCCCUUCCAUGCAGUCCCCGGCUGAAGUGUACACCCUGGCUGUGCCGCCUGCACCACUGCCUGGACCCCCACACCUCCAGCUGCCCAGGAUAGCAGAGCAAGAUACUAGCAACAUCCAGGCCAUGGGCCUGAUAACUGAGGUCUUGACAGGCCCACAAGUGGCGCGCCACACUCUCAGUUACAUACAGGAGAUUGGGAGUGGCUGGUUCGGCAAGGUUUUGCUCAGUGAGAGCUACUCGGACCCCAGUGUAGCCAGAGUGGUGGUCAAAGAGCUGAAAGCCAAUGCCAGCUCUAAAGAGCAGAAUGAAUUCCUUCAGCAGGGAGACCCAUACAGGGUCCUUCAGCACCCAAACAUACUGCAGUGCCUUGGUCAGUGUGUUGAGGCUAUUCCUUUCUUACUCGUCUUUGAGUACUGCGAACUGGGAGACCUGAGGAGCUACGUCGCUCUACAGGACUGGCUGUACAAGACUGGAGAGCUGCUGCAGCUGCAGAAGAUGGCCUGUGAGAUCGCCGCAGGCCUCACUCACCUGCACAAGCACAACUUCCUGCACAGUGAUUUGGCAUUGAGGAACUGCUAUCUCACAACAGAUCUGACUGUCAAAAUAGGAGACUAUGGCAUUGGACCCUCAAGAUUUAAAGAGGAUUACAUCACAACAGAGGAGGACCAAUGCAUAGCUUUACGCUGGCUUGCCCCAGAGCUGGUUGGUGAGCUGCAUGGAGGUGUGAUAACAUCAGAACAAACUAAACCCAGUAAUGUUUGGGCUUUGGGUGUGACCUUGUGGGAACUGUUUGAGAGAGGAAAGCAACCCUAUACUCACCUGUCAGACAGAGAGGUUCUCCACCAUGUCAUCAGAGAUCAACAAAUAAAACUCCUCAAGCCACAGCUAGAUCUACCUUACUCAGAAAGAUGGUAUGAGUUACUGCAGUUUUGCUGGCUACCUGCAGACAAAAGGGCCACAGCUGAGGAAGUUCACCGCCUGCUAACCUAUCUCCGCAUGCAGGGUCAGAAAGAAAUUGAGGAUGACUUUGAGCAGCGCUGGAGCUCCCUGAAACCUAAUCCCAUGACCCGGCAGGCCACCGUCAGACACUCCUCCUUUCCCAUCCUUGAGCAGUUUGAUGAUGGGCGAGAACCAGAUGAGGUGCUCACAGUGACCGAGACAAGCCGCGGACUCAGUUUCGAGUAUGUAUGGGAAGCAGCCAAACAUGACCACUACGACAGCCACAACCGCUCUUCCAUGGACACUAUGGUGAACUACCACAGCAUGUUUUUCCCCGUGCCUCGGCAGGACAUUCAGUCGCACUUCCCAGAGAUCGGAGGUGAAGCAGUAUCCCAAAGGGUCCCGGGGACUUUGCCAGUGUUUGAUGCUCGAGAGCCCAACUCGGGGAAUGAGUACUACAUUCAGUUGGAGGAGCAGGAUGAAAGUGAUAUAGGAGUUUUGGACAAUCAAGGUUCUGAGGGAGCCACUGCAUCAAACAAGGAGCAGUAUGUUGUCUUGCAGGAUAUUCGUUUAGAUGAGUCCAGUACAGAUGCAGAUUUUUUUCAUCAGAGCAUAGACUCAAAAGACUCUUAUCUUCAAGACAGUCACGUGUGGUCCUCAAGUGACCAUGAGAGUCCUUACCAUACAAACAUUUUCAAUGAGAAUGAUUCAAAAUUUGAGGACUCUCAUUCUUUCCGAAGUGGUUUCAUGGAGCUUCCUGAGAUGAAUUUACAAAUAAGUGACUCUUUUCAUGGUGACACCAAUAGUGUAGUGCAGAGUGAAGGUCUAACCACUACUUUUUUAGAAAUAGAACAAGAAGCUGCUAAUCUGAGAGACGUUGAUGAAGAUAACAAGGAUGUAAUGAAACUUUUUAACACAGAGAAACUGGUUGAUAACUUUUUGUUCCUCAAAGAAAACAGCUUAAUGAAAGAUAGUUUUGGUUUGUCAGAAUCAAAAGACAUCCAGGAAACCGAUUUAUCAUUAAUCAGUUUUGAUGUGAAUUCCUCAAGCAGACAGAAUGUUUCCGAUGAUCCAUCAAAGUCUGUAGUAAAUUCUGAACAUCUUAGGGAUGAAUUCUUGGACUUGGUAAAUCCUAUUUUAGGAGAUUUCUUGUCACCUUUAAAGGUAAGCAAAACACUGGUGCCUUCAGAUACAUUCUCAACAGAAGAAACCUGUAGCAACCAGCCGCCAGAGAUAAAUGGCUCUUCCAGUGAGGAAAGUGCUCGGUUAGCUUCCUCAAAAGGUUGGAUUCAUUCUACUUCUGAAUCUACCUCUGAGAGUCCUGAGGUUGUUAAUCCAUCUGAAAGUCAUCAGCUAAUUGUUGAAAGUGCCAUCACAGAUAUUUUGUGUACAGAUGCCAAUACGUCUAGUCUUGAGGAAAGCCUUGGAGUUUCUAAGGACAAUGGGCAGUACAUAGAAAUUGUUGAGUGUUCUGAGGAGAAAAUCAAGACCUCUUCUCCUUUAAGUAAAUCCACAGAAGAGGUAAAUGGUGACCAAACAGAAGGCUUAACAAAUAGUGAAUCCUUGAGUGAUAUGCUUACGAAUGGGGAAAAGAAUAGGGACAUUGAAGAUGCUUUGUUGCUGGAAGCCUUGAAUCAGGAAGAAUCCUUGCUGGACAACUGUGUGUCACAGGAUAAGUCCUCACUGUUGAUUUCAGACUCUUGCUUGGACCAGAUUAGUCAGGACAGCCUUCUGGAGGACAGCAUUUCAUCCGCUUUACCAACUAUUGAGAAUUCCGCCGAGACACCUGAUUCCUUAGAUUCUCUGGACAUGCAUAGGGAGGUCGGACAUGUAGAAUCGCUGGACACCCCUGUUGUUCAUAAACUCCAAGCACCUUACAAAACUGCUGACAGUGGAUAUGAAACCGAGAACCUUGAGUCACCUGAGUGGAAUUCUCAGCCUAGUGGGAAUGAUGUUUCACAAGGGAAAGAAAGUAGCACUACAGAGGAGCCUCCUUCAACACUGGCUCCUCCAGAAAUUGUUGUAUCUGAAGUAGAAAGUAUGCCUGAUGUUCAGGAUUAUGGCGAGAGUCACCACCAAGAAAUUGCUGAGGUGGUUGUUGGUGCCCACAGAGACUCUGCUUACUUUUCUGAUAAUGAAGAACUGGAUAAGAGGAGUGAUGACCCAAUCCCAUCAUCAACAGGAGAGCUCCUGAACCAAGGAGCCAAAUCAGCAGAAGUUUCACCACUGGUGUCAAGAGAAGGUGUUCAUGAGAAGGACACGGAGUCUGUAACCAGUGGCAAACAAGAACACUUUGUUUCUACAGCUGAAUCAGCUGUUGCUGAUAUAAAUGUAAUUAAAGGGACUUGUUUACCAGAGUUAGUUCUCACUUCAGACAUGGACUGUGAAACAGAAAAGCCAGUGACUGAGGAUUACUCUAAGAAAGAAGAGAGGUUAGAGAAAUUCUCUGAUCUUUUAAUUGAUCAAACUCAUUCCAGUGCAAUUCUAGAAAUUCAAGAAGCAACAGGCUCUACCUCAAUGCAAUCUUCAGCAGAUAUUGUGGUCCAUGCAAAGCUAACCAGGACUUAUGCAGGGGAAGGCCCAAAGAAAAAGGAACCAGAUAUGGAAGGUAGAUAUCUUGGAAAAUUGGAUGAAGCAGCAGUGGCAGGCGGGGCGGAAGAUGGGAUGGAGGCUGAUGAGGAGGACGAGAACAGUGAUGACUCUGAUGAAGACAUGCGCAUUUACAGACCACACAGCUCUGGCUCUGAAAGUGAGGAUGAUGUUGUGCAUCCAGUGCCUGUUAUAGUGUCAGAUAACAGUGAUGCCUGCAACCUCAAGAGCCUGCUGAAAGCCAAGUCACUGCAAACUGCAAAAUCCAACGCAGGAGGGCAUGUUAACGCAAAUAACAGGAGAGCAGUGUCCUUCUUUGAUGAUGUCACCGUUUACCUCUUUGACCAGGACACCCCUACAAAAGAACUUGGCGAUCAUUUGCUAGGCUCCAACAGCCAAGUGUCUGAGUUUAGCAGCCCAGUGGCCUCUUCCAGCUACCUGAACAGAUUUACCAACUCAGAAAGCUCGACAGAUGAAGAAGGCGGCGCAUUUGAGUGGGAUGAUGACUUCUCUCCAGAGCCCUCCUUCCUCUCCAAAGUAGGUGUUGACACUGCUAACAGAGCUCCAGUGGCCUCCCAGUUCUUCUCGCCACCCCCUGCAAGCCACUCGUCAGAACUGAGUUGGAGCAGCCCCUCCACGUUCUCCCGAUUCUCAAUCUCGUCAGCAAACAUCGCCAGUUUUUCCCUUACACACCUCACCGACUCCGACAUCGAACAAGGAGGAAGCAGUGAAGAUGGAGAAAAGGACUAAAAACUCAAUGGGCCUCUUAAAGUAUUUAGGCUAAAGGACACGUUUUGGAAGUGUUGGAGAAACUUGGGACUCUGAAGGCUAUGAUUGCUUCUCAGGCAGCAUUGCUAUUUCUUUGAGGAGAUGACUAAGAAGGAAACUGCACAGAGUAAACCACUGGUGUCAACGUCUACUGCUUUUCUUCCCUUCCUAUACUUUGUUUAGCAGAUCAAAAACAUUUAUUUUCUUCAGACCUCUGUGUCCAUGAACUAAAUUUGUGUUUUUCAUGUUGAAGAAAUUUGUGCAAUUUGAAGAAAUCUGUCCUGCUUAAGUGCUUCUGAACUGUCCAGCUACUUAUUUGUCUGUUUAGGACAAGCUUUGUUCAUGAUUUAGUCACUUUCUGUUAUUCAUCUUUGAAUGAUGUAGCUGUGACUCAUCUCAAUAAUUUGAAGGACUUUUCAUAGAUCACCGAUCAGCCGCUAGGCUCUUACACAGUUGUGCAAUUCAUAUCAUACGGUACUUGCUUUUUUACUUUGAGACACUGUUUUUUACUGAGUGUAAAAUCUAGCAUUAAAAUUGGAGGAACACUUGUAUUAUGCCUCAGUGCACAGUGUUUUGGAAUUACACUGGUAAUGACACUAAUAGACUGUCAGCAAAUAUAUAUUUUAUACCUACAGAGACAAUAGAGACAUGGAGAGUAUAUGUCCAGCCAAUAUUUGCUUGAGGCUAAAACUAAAAUGAACUUGAACAAUUGCAAACUGUUAAAAAGGGGGUAAAUAGGUCCUCAACCACCUGUGUUCCUCUGCAAAGCAGAUGGUAAGUGAAGCUCUUAAUCAGAGUCUUUUCAUCAGAGCUUAACAGAAUAUCACAGGUCUAUGGUUACCACAGAUACCAUGAUAUGGAACCAUAAUAAAAAUAGUAGCUUCUGUGGUGGAACAUGAUGAAAGCUUUGUGACUUGCAAACACAUUUGUUGGCAUUCAUACAUUUGCAGAAGUAUAUUAAAUGAAAAUGUCAACGUUAUUCAAAGUAUCUUGGGCCAUUUUAUCAUUUUCUUUUUGUUUAUUUUUUAUAUUUUGCAAAUUAACCAAAUGGUGUACGGUGGUGGACAUUCGUUGAGCAGCUGGUAAUAAUUCUUGUCAUAUGUGGUAUAAUUUUGUCAUGUUGUUAAUUACUGUUAAAUAUAACUGUUAAUCACUGUUUAGAUUUUCAUCUCCAUCACCUUCAUCUAAAAUGUAGCACGAAUUGCCAUAGCAGUCAUGUAAUUUUAUAUUCAAGGAAACUGAUCAAGUUUGAAAGGUGGUUUGCAGGUCUAAAACUUGGAAAACAGUUUAAUGGUGGCUUUACAUAGGAAACACAAAUAACUUUCGUUAAUAGUGUCACAAUAACACUAAAACAUAGUUCUCUCAUUUUUAAUUAGGGCAUUGAUUAGGACAUAAUCAUUUUUAUGAACCAAUCACAGCUUGAUAUGGAAGUUCUCUGAAAGUUAACACAUCAAGAUAUGUUUAGUAUGUACAUAGCUUUGAAAGCAACACUACAGAAUGCUACGGAGUGAGCUACAGAAUAGACAGGAUAAGGUUUUGAUGUCUCUGAUUUUUUGUGUUGCUCAAUUCAACUAUGAUGUUUUUAAUUAAUUUAGCUUUUUCAGUCUUAAUUGUGGGAACCAUGAAGUUGGUGUUCAUCACCAGAUUGAGAUAAAUCAGGUGCAUAGAUGAUACUUUUCCUUGUAAUUCAGUACAGUAGGCUCUGUGUUUUAGAUCAGUUCAAUAUUUGUAUUACCAGCACUCUUUUAGUUGCUCUUAGUAUUUUAUUUAAGGCAACUCUUCAGUUUUAUUCUACAGUGUAUACAUUUGCUUAAUCUUGCACAUCUUGAAAGUGUAACUUAAUGUUGAAUUGUACCAAUGUAUAUAAAUGUUAAUUUUUGUCUGUAAAUUGGGAAUGAUGUAAGUUCUAGGGGUAAGGUAUAAUUUUUGUAAUAUAAAGCUAAAAUGCAACAUAUCAUGGUUUAAAAAUGAUAAAGUGACAAAGUUGUAAAGUAAAUUGAAAAAAUGCAGGUCGUCCUUGUAUCUUGUAAAAUUUUAAAAAUGGUGAUAUUUUUACUUCAUAUUGAUGAUCAUGCUUAGUGUAAUUGAAUGAAUUGUUUAUAAUUACACUGUUUAUUAUUGAAAUAAAUGAAAAAUUACCUCCACUGAUCUCGUAACACUACAUGUUAAUUUGAUUUACCUGGACAUUUGUAUAUUACAGUGUACCAUUCAAUAGAAAUGCUUU